UUUCAAAAUUCCAUAACGAACAGUAAUGUACUUCGUUUUUAGUGACUGCCUAGAGCAUUAGGACCUGGGAGACAGCGGGAACAAGCAAUCCAGCAAAAGUGUGAGAGACAGAGAAAGGCGGCGUGUGUGUGCGCGCGUUUGAGUGUGGCAGCGCUAGAAAAACAGAGUGACAGCGAGCGUAUAAACACAAGCAAGGUUUCAGCAUCAGCAUCAUUCACAAACUGGAGGGAUUGAGCAGAGGAGGGAAAGGAAGCAAGACUUGACUUUUCCGAACAAGACUUUUUCAGAGCCAUGGAUGAUUCCCAGAUUAUCCCUUGGCUCCUCGCUUUAUGCGUCUCAGCAGCAAAUGUCUGUCAGGGAUUGACAGUCAAAUCACCUAAUGUGAGAUCUACCUCAACCUCCAACAUUAACCCUGGACAUGGAAACACUGAAAUAUUUCAAGCUCCAGACCUGCACUGUGACUUUGAGACUUCCUGUCCCUGGACUUUUUCCAAUUACAGUGGCAAAGGAGACUGGCUGAUCAUAUCGCCGCAGCAGCUCUGGCCCCGCAUUCAUAUACUUCAACCAUCCACGGAUUACAGCAAAGGCACUUCUAACGGACACUUUUUGCUUCUACUUCUGCACGGCAGUACAUCUGGGAUUUGUGAAUUCUCCCUGACAAGCCCUGUGGUGGUAACCAGCAAACCAGGGUGCCUCCUGCAGCUGGCUUUUUAUCAUCCUGAAGCAGGAAAAGGAAAUCUGUCUGUCCAGAUCAGAGCAGCCGACAGCAAUGUGAUCACAGAUUCUCCACCACUGCAUAGCAAAAAACUAAGUGUCAGAGGGCAGUGGGAGCUGUUGACAGCUCACAUUGGUGAGGUGCCUACUCCAUUCCGAAUCACUCUUCUUUACUCUGCCUGUGGGUAUGAGAGCCUGAGUACUGUGGGACUUGACUCCAUUAGUCUUGUGGACUGCACACAAGAUGGAAGAGAUCCAUGGCCUGGUGAAGAUGGUUGCACAACUGAUAAUUCCUUCCUUUGCGAGGUUGGCACAUGUAUCAACAAGAAAAGACUGUGUGACUUCCACAAUGACUGCCCACUUGGAGAGGAUGAGGGUUCUCUGUGUGAUGCACUCCCUCCUGGUUCCAGCUGCUCAUUUGAGAGUGGCAAGUGUGGAUGGACAGUGUUGGGGGAACAGCACUCCUGGAUCAUAGUGACAUCAGAGGAUCUUUCCAAGAAUGAAGAGUUAUUGGGCUCUGCCCUAAAGGUCACACAAGGGCACUUCCUGUUUUUACAAGUCCGUAAUAAGCACAUGGAAGGAAGUGCUUCAGUGUCAAGCCUCACUCUACCACCUCCCUCUUCAUCUGAGGACUGUCUGGUUCACUUUUUGCUGUAUCUCUUUGGAGUCUAUAAUGGCACCAUAUCUCUAUUAAUCCAGGACAGUGACAUACAGGGGAGAACUCUUCUGGUUUGGCAACAAGCAGGCAGUUGGAAAAACAACUGGGUGGAGAUCACUGUGCAUCUGCGUGAUAUAUUACACAGUUUUCACUUGGUGUUGAACGCUACAUGGGGCUCAGGUUCAAGGGCAGAUCUUGCUGUUGACAAUAUCGUCUUUGGUGUGUCUUGCUUUGAUUUAGGUGACGGAAGCCUAUCCCUUAGUAACAAGCUCCUGCUGGACACCGAGUCUGCAAGUGAUCUGGGCUUCACUGGCCUGCCUCAUGAACCCCUGAUGUCUGAUGAUUCUGGGAUGACAUGGUUGUUUACAUCCUGUGGAGCCAGUGGCUCUCGUGGGCCAACACCAGCCCAGUGCAAUAGCUCAUACCAGAACAAGAAUGUGAAUGUGACAGUAGGCAAGGAGGGUUCACUAAGGGGGGUUCAGAUGUGGCAAGUGCCAGCCACCAACAAAUACAUCAUUUCAGCAUAUGGAGCUGCAGGAGGGAAAGGAGCCAAAAACCACAACAUGCGUUCUCAUGGCAUCAUCGUCUCAGCUGUGUUUCAGCUCAAGAAAGGUGACAUCCUCUACAUUCUGGUUGGCCAGCAGGGGGAGGAUGCUUGCCCAGGGAAGGAUCUUUUAACCCAGCAGAUUUGUUUGGGUGAGUCUUCAGUUAUUGAAGAUGAAUUUAGCGAUCGCACCUUAAACUUGGGUUGGGCCGGUGGAGGUGGAGGAGGAGGUGGGGCCACCUAUGUAUUCAGAAUGGAGAGUGGUACCUUGGUCCCGCUUCUGAUUGCUGCUGGAGGUGGAGGAAAAGCCUACCGAGAGGAUGCAAAAAAGAGUCUAGAUGACAGCCCUCUUGAGCAGUAUGUGAACAGCACUGCUAUUCUAGGCACCAAUGGGAGAACAGGGGCAGCAGGUAGUGGUGGUGGUGGUGGUGGUGGUGGCUGGAAUGACAUCACCAAGCACAGUCAGGCUGGUAAAUCUCUCCUGGAAGGGGCAGAAGGCGGGUCACCAUGUCCCCAAGCUCUUUCCAAAUUGCAGUGGACCACUUUUGGAGGAUUUGGGGGUGGAGGAGGUGCCUGCACUGCUGGAGGGGGUGGCGGUGGUUACAGAGGAGGUGAUGCUGCUGAGACUGAUGACUUGACUGUAGAUGGGCAGGAUGGGAUAUCCUUUGUCAAUCCACUUGGAGAGAUAUUUCUUCAGCCUUUAGCUGCAAUGGAGAGUCAUGGAGAGGUAGAGAUCAAGGUGCUGCUUAACUGUAGUCACUGCCAGUCUGAGAGCUGCAAACGAGAUAAAGAAACCAAACACAUUAUUUGUCUUUGCGAUGAUGGAGAGAUUCUCGCUAGUGACAAUGUCACUUGUACAGCUCCACGAGGACCUGCUCCUGAGGGACAUUUGUCCUUUCCACUGAUCCUGGCUGUGGUGGCAUCAACUGUGCUGACUGGCAUUGUCCUUGCCUGUGCCAGCCUCACCCUAAUUUACUACAGGAAGAAGAGCCAGCUAGAAGCUGUCCGUAUGCGCCUGCAGAGCCCUGAGUACAAGCUGAGUAAGAUCCGCACUUCCAUCAUUAUGACCGACUACAAUCCCAACUACUGCUUUGCAGGCAAGCCAACAUCUCUAGGAGACCUGAAAGAAGUUCCACGUAGAAACAUCUCCCUACUAAGGGCCCUGGGUCAUGGAGCAUUUGGUGAAGUAUACGAGGGCCGUGUGUUGGGAAUUCCAGGAGAAAGUGGCCCACUGCAAGUUGCAAUCAAGACACUCCCAGCAAUCUGUUCUGAGCAGGAUGAGAUGGAUUUUCUCAUGGAGGCUCUCAUUAUGAGUAAGUUCAGCCAUCAGAACAUUGUGCGCUGCAUUGGAGUGAGUUUGCAGACACUGCCACGCUUCAUUCUGCUUGAGCUGAUGACUGGUGGUGACAUGAAGAGCUUCCUAAGGCAAAACAGACCUCGACUGACACAAAGGUCAUCACUCUGCAUGCUGGACCUGCUACACAUGGCACGAGACAUUGCCUGUGGCUGCAAGUACUUGGAGGAGAAUCACUUUAUUCACCGAGACAUUGCUGCUCGGAACUGUCUUCUGACUUGCGCUGGAUCUGGAAGAGUAGCCAAGAUUGGUGAUUUUGGGAUGGCUCGUGAUAUUUACAGAGCCAGCUACUAUCGAAAAGGGGGACGAGCAAUGUUGCCUGUUAAGUGGAUGCCCCCUGAAGCCUUUUUGGAGGGAGUUUUCACUUCUAAAACAGACACCUGGUCAUUUGGGGUUCUUCUUUGGGAGAUCUUCUCUUUGGGUUACAUGCCAUACCCCUGCAAGACAAAUCAAGAGGUUCUGGAAUUUGUUACAAGUGGGGGAAGAAUGGACCCUCCUAAGGGAUGUCCUGGUCCAGUCUACCGCAUCAUGACCCAAUGUUGGCAGCACUGCCCUGAGCACCGGCCCAACUUCUCCACGAUUUUAGAGAGGAUUGACUACUGCACUCAGGACCCUGAUGUCAUCCAUACACUUUUGCCACUUGAGUGCUCCCCUGCGGUGGAAGAAGAGGGCAGUACAGUGAUGCGUCCUGAUAUUUCUGGGGGUGCAGUUCCCAUGCUCGUCACUCCUGCACUAACCUCUGAAUCUGAUGUCCAUCCGAACGGCCAGCAUACUGAAGCCUUCAAACAGAAGAUGAACCUGCAGUGCCCCCUGCAGAGACCACAGGAGUUGUCAGUCCAGAGUGAGAGCUUACAAUGGACAGUGUCCAAGGCAACAAACAGGGGUUCACCUGGGGCUUGGCUCUGCUCAGACCAGGACUCAGCUAUCUGUUCAAAUUCAACCAAUCCUAGGCUAAAGAAUAAAACCAAAAACUUGUGGAACCCCACCUAUGGUUCAUGGGUCUUAGAGAGCUUCACCCGCAAAAGCACUCAACAGCAGCAGUUGCCAUUUCAGCACUCAGGAAACACUUCCAACACCACCACCGCUGAGAAAGAAGACUCUGGAUUUGAGGGCAAUGGCAGUUCUUCCACCUCAAGUUCCAGAGCUUCACCACCUUCUCCUCGGGCUUGCCACCCACAAAGUUCCAACAUGAUGCUACGUGGAGCUGCCAAAGGGGCCACAGUAGGAAUGGAUCUAGUUAAACUUCAGAGCUUUCCCUGUGGAAACGUUAAUUAUGCUUAUGAAGACCAAAACUAUGAGACAGAGAGCCUCCCUCUGAUCAUGAAGGCUUUAGGAGAACCCAGGAGUCAGAUGGUAGGGAGCACUGGCAGUCCCUCACUAGCAAGUGAGCAAGAUAGCCAACUAGUCAACAAGGCUGAAAAGCCACCCCGGGACCGGGACUCUGGAUUCUCGUUGUCCGAAGACCUUAGUGUGACUCCCGUGUAGAACUCCCUCACUGGAGACGGGAGAGACACCGGUGACGUGAGGAGAUAUCUCCAUACAGGAGACCUCGUAAUCAGAACCACAAACCUAACAGCAAGCAAUCGCACUUCUACACCUACAGGUUAUAUGGAUGGCUGUGCGAGACAGUGAUUCAGAUGCUAGCUGUCCGGUCACUCACUCUAAUUAUUGGCUUGGUGCUUCUGGCCCCCCUGGUGUGGGGUGCUGAUGAGCUUUUUGAAAGUUCUCGGUUUUGUAUUCCUCUCUUUCACAUAAAAUCAAAUUGAAAUGCAGGAUGAAUAUGUACUAUACAUAUGAUUUGAAAGCAACGUCAAAGGUAAUGGACAUACUGGAAUUGCCAAGAAAUGCCUGACAGUACUGAUAUUUGUGAUGGUGGAACCAGUAGCUCCUUCUUUCAUUCGAAUGAGAAAUGACCUCACUUAGCUUGGUCACACAUUCAUAGUUCAGUGUGAGAAAACGGCUGACAAGGAAAUGUGGGCUUUUAGUGAUGGAGGAGAUGCCAAUGGCUGAUAUUAUUAAAGGAAUUCAUUGUGCCUGUGGGUGCUUGCGGUGUCGGAUGUUGAGUAAAACACCUUAAGGCUAUACGAAAGGCAACAGAAAGUUUAAUGUCGACGUUUGAUAAUCAAAGGAGCCUGGGAUAUGAUUGUUAAUGGGUCCUGUCAUUUUUAAGUAUUCAGUUGUUUGUGCCCAUUUUCGAAUGUCAAUAUUUAAUUCUUUUUUAAGCAUUUGCUUAUUUUUUAUCAAUACGACGGAGGCCAUUUUGUGUUUUGGAUUUUUAGAUAUUGGUCACCAUGUUGUUUACGAUUGCUCUACCUGUUACCGGUCACGCUGCGCUAAACCAAAUCCUGCCCCCAGGCCGUGGUUCCAUACACGAUAUCCUAGCUUUUGACUACUGAACAAAUCAUUUUACAUGCCACUUACUUUCUUUUUUGAUUAUGGAAAUUCAUUUUUUACUUUGGUCUUGACUCUCCUAUUUGAUUCUUAAUUCUGUGUUUUGUGUUGUCAAAAAUCUCUCUUGCUUUAAAGGUUUAUAAAAACUUCUAUUUUUUUUUCACCAUUCAUCUACUGCUCUAUUUUCUCUCCAAUUCCGCGAGUGCAUCACAACAAUCACAUCUUGUGGCCACAAGAAACUCCGGUGCUAGAUUUGGUCAGAACGACGUGUUGUUGCCGGCUGUUUUGUCUCGCUGCACUAUGACUGCCUGGUUUAUGCGGGUGACAUCGCUUUCCAUUCAGUGGUGACACGAUCAAUGGGGCUACUAGCUAUGACACUGGGCACUUCAGGUGUCCCUUGAUGAUUCCUACUGUAUUUGCUCAUUACCUUUAGUACAACCUGUGCACUCAAACAGGCCUCACCCUAAAAUGGGGACGGUUUGGCAUCAUCCUUCACCAUAGGAGCACUAGGCAUGCCUCUGCCUUAAUCCAAGGAUUAGAUUUGCAAGUUGCCACUGGCUUAGACGCUUAAAACAAGAAAGACAGGCUCAGGUUUAUAGUUGAGAGAGACAGCCUUGAGUGGCACAUGGGGCGUCACAAAUGCAGGUGUCUUCUUUCUUUAUUAUUUCUAUUGAUUACUGUCUGCCAUUAGGGAAUAGCUGGCCAAAAUUAAAUACAUUUCUUAACUGUUA